AUGGACAAGUGGUCUGGCGAGGUUCCGCUUAAAGAUAGAUUCCCCAACCUCUUCGAUAUUGCCAACUUUCAGAUGAGCACGGUGGCUCAAGUGUGUGGGGCUAGGGGCCCUCUGUCCUUCCGUAGAUCGCUUGAUCCCCAGGGGAGGCGGGACUGGCAGCAGCUGAGAGGCAUCAUUGAUCAAACCAUCCUCUCACAGGGACAAGAUGGGGUGUCUUGGUCUCUGGAACCUUCGGGUUGCUUCUCGGUCCGUUCUAUGUACCUGAAGUUGUCCCAAGGGGCCUCCAUUGCCCAUUUCCGUGAUGUGUGGGCGGCUCGUAUCCCGCUUAAAAUCAAGAUCUUCUCCUGGCAGCUAGCUCUUGACAAGCUACCCACAGCCAUCAACAUCGCGGCCAGAAGGGGGCCUGGUAACGGCUGCUGCAAGCUGUGUGAUGUGGACGCCGCUGGCAAGACCGCUGGAUCGUCCGUGGAUCAAUCACGCGGUGGCAGAACUAAAGCUCCUGCACUACGCUACCAGUCCAAGAAGGCCUGA